UCGCCAUCUCUGAUUUACCAAUAUAGUCGCCAUUACUAAUGAAAAAACGCCCUCAUCAGGAGCAUUCUGGAGUUACAGAAAUAAUAAUUAAGAAGAAAUAAACGCGGUAAACGCGAUAAAAUAAUGGCCACCGAAUUUGAUCCAAUUAAAAUUGAAGGAUUGGAUAAUGAAAAUGCAGAAAAUGUAACUGAAAUUCAAUCAUAUUUGGAUACUUUUAAUAAAGAGAUUCAAAGUACAGAUGGAACAACUAUCACACAAUUAACAGAAGUCGAAAAGGAGGAUGGAGAUGAUGACGAAGGUACAUAUUUUGUGGAUCAAGCUGGACAUUAUUAUUACCAAGCAAAAUCUAGUGAUCCACCAGUUUUGGAAAUACGAGGAUCAGAAAAUGGUGAAGAAGCUACAGAAGAAGGAGAGAAAGCUCCUUCGGAUAAUGAAGAAACUGAAACAGCUGAAUUUUUAAUACAACGAGAAGAGGAUGAUGAAGAAGAAGGGACAACAAUUAUUAACGAAUCAGAAGCAAAUCAAAUGUUAAUCAACACUGGUGAUGCAUUUCAAACAGUAACAAUAGUACCAUCCGAAAAUACGCCAGGUGAAGUAAGCUAUGUGUUAAUUGUACAACAACAAGACGAUGAAGAAAACAAAAUAAACAACAGUGAAACAGAUGGGGACCAAUCAAAUAUAAACGUUUAUGAUUUCGACGAAAACGAAGAAGGUGGAAUGGUGGAUUCAGAUGCUGAAGAUGACAAAUCAAAAAUUAUUAAAUUUGUCACACCAAGAAAAUCACAAACAGUGACACAAGCACAUAUGUGUAAUUAUUGUAAUUACACGAGCCCUAAACGCUAUUUAUUAUCACGUCACAUGAAAAGCCACUCAGAAGAGCGGCCUCACAAAUGUAGUGUCUGCGAACGUGGUUUUAAAACAAUUGCAUCAUUACAAAAUCAUGUAAAUACACAUACUGGAACAAAACCACAUCGUUGUAAAUAUUGUGAAUCUGCUUUUACAACGUCUGGUGAACUUGUGCGACACGUACGCUAUCGACACACUCAUGAAAAACCACAUAAAUGUCGAGAAUGUAAUUACGCAUCAGUUGAAUUAAGUAAAUUAAAACGUCACAUUCGAUGUCAUACGGGAGAAAGACCGUAUCAAUGUCCGCAUUGCACAUACGCUAGUCCUGAUACAUUCAAAUUAAAACGUCAUUUACGGAUACAUACGGGUGAAAAACCAUAUGAGUGUGAUAUCUGUGCAGCUAGGUUCACACAAUCGAAUUCGUUAAAAGCACAUAAGUUAAUACAUAAUGUUGCUAAUCGUCCAGUAUUCCCUUGUGAACUAUGUCCAACAACAUGUGGACGAAAAACUGAUUUACGUAUACAUGUGCAAAAAUUACAUACUUCGGAUCGUCCGUUAAAAUGUAAACGAUGUGGAAAAUCAUUCCCCGAUCGUUACAGCUAUAAAUUACAUAAUAAAACUCAUGAAGGUGAAAAAUGUUUUAAAUGUGACUUGUGUCCGUAUGCCUCAAUAUCGGCCCGACAUUUGGAAUCACAUAUGUUAAUACAUACCGAUCAGAAGCCUUAUCAAUGUGAUCAAUGUGGGCAGUCGUUUAGACAAAAACAAUUAUUAAAACGACAUCAGAAUUUGUAUCAUAAUCCCAAUUAUGUGCCACCAGCACCUAGAGAAAAAACUCAUGAGUGUCCGGAAUGUGGACGAGCAUUUAGACAUAAAGGAAAUUUAAUUAGACAUAUGGCUGUACAUGAUCCUGAAUCAAGUUUACAGGAGAAACAAUUAGCUUUGAAAUUAGGACGACAAAAGAAAAUACAAAUUAUUGAUGGUCAACAAGUGGAAGUUAUGCCUGGUCUUGAUAGUGAUAUGGAUGAAGAUGAUACAGAUGUUGAAGUAUCCGCUGUUGAAGGUGCAGACGGACAACAGUACGUUGUAUUAGAAGUUAUUCAAUUUGCUGAAGAUGAAGAGGGUGGUGAAAAUGAUGGAACUUUACUGGAAGCUGGUCAAAUUUUACCUGAUGACGGUGAGUAUAUAAAUGAAGACGUUUUGGCAGCAUUACAAAAUCAAAAAGUUGAAAAAGAAGAACAUGAAGAGGAUAAGAAAUUCAGCACUGAAAAAGACAUGGAAAACUGUUUUGGAUUUGAUGAAGAAGAAAAUGAACAAGAUGAAGACGAUGACAUAGACGAAGACAAAAACAAAAUAUCAAUUUUAGGUUCUAUGGAAGUUGAUGACGAUGAAGAAGAAGAAGAAGAAACAUAAUUCGUAUUUACCACUAAUUAGAAGAAAUAUUCAAAUUAUUUAUAAAUGUAAAAGAAAGUAAAACCAACACACAAUUGUUUCUUUUUUUUUUUU